UCCUUCAUGGGACAGCUGCUCUCACAAAGAUUAAUUUCUUUCUUAGAUCCAUUUCUUCUGGGUCUAUGCCUUCCAGCAGAGAUAAAAUUUGGUAGGAAAAUUUGGGGCUAUUAAACUGGAACAUUUUCCCAAAGAAGGUGCAAAAGACAAGAGAUCAUGUAUGGAGCCAGGAAAAGAGAAAGAGUUGAAAGAGACAGUUCCCUAUCUUCCCAUCUGCCCUCAUCUUCAUCCGUCUGGAGGUGCUCACAGGGCAGAACAGAAGAGAGAAGGGUUUGUGUGCUCAACAUCCGCCUCGAUUUCUGAGCACCCUGCCAGACAGAAGGUUUUGCUGUGUCUCUGCAGCUCCAAGCAGCACCAGUCCUGCCUGCAAGACCCUUGGAACAGGGGCCCUUCUCCUGGGUGCCUCUAGGAGAGCCGAGCCGAGUCGCCCCCUCCUGCAUGCCACUCUCCCACCACAUAGCUGCUCUCUGCAUCCCUCUUUUCUUCCUCUCCUUCUUCCCUCCACUGUCCUCAGCUUCUUUUACCACACUCCUCAUUCCUUCAUCCUCCCCUCUUCUGCGUUCCCCUCAUCCCUCUGCCCAUCUCCUUGCGCCUCCCUCUCCCGCUUUUAUUUUCCAUCCCGGUAUCUCCCCCCGCUCAUCUUUGUUCUCCUGCCCUGUCGUGCAUCCCCUCCUUCUCCUCCUUCUCCUGCCGGUGUUUCCGUGCGUGGCGCCCAUUGGCUACCGGCACCCGUCCCCCAGUACCGGCGCUCCGCUCCCUCUGCCCGAGCCCCGCGGAUGGUGGGGGCUGCGUGGGGGAGAGGCGCACGGGCGUGGGGCUGAGGGGCCGCGCAUCCCGCCGCCCGCCCCCGGGCCCCUUCCCACGCCAGGCACGGCGGGGGCGAUGGGCAAGUCCGGCAAGAAGGACUCGCGCCUCCGGUAGCGCCCGGCGGGGCUCGCUCCCUCCGGGAGCGCUUUGCUCUGUCGCGUUUAAGAAAGAGGAAGGGGAAAAGCAUGACACAGAUUCUCCCGGGGAACCGGAGGAAAAUGUACAUCCCGACGACAUCUCCAGAUUGCUAACUGAUCCUACAAGGACACUGCCCUCUGCCCUCUUCCCUGCCUCUGCUAUGGACACUUCUGCUUUUAGCCUCCCCACACCGGCUGUGUUGGAGGAGGGGAAUGCCUCCAGUAGCUGGGCAGGCUUCACUACCCCCAACAGCUCCUCCACUGUCAGCCCUGGUGUAAUUGUCAGCGGUGUCCUCAUCCCCGUGGUCUACCUCAUUGUCUGUGUGGUAGGGUUGGCUGGGAAUUCUCUGGUCAUUUACGUGGUCCUGCGGCACUCCGUGAGCGAGUCGGUGACCAACGUGUACAUCUUGAACCUGGCCCUGGCUGAUGAGCUCUUCAUGCUGGGCCUGCCCUUCCUGGCUGCACAAAAUGCCCUGUCCUACUGGCCCUUUGGCUCUUUCAUGUGCCGCCUGGUGAUGGCCGUGGAUGCCAUCAACCAGUUCACCAGCAUCUUCUGCCUGACAGUGAUGAGCGUUGACCGCUACCUGGCUGUGGUCCACCCAGGGAAGUCCUCCAAAUGGAGGACAGCACGGGUGGCCAAGGCCGUGAGUGUAACCGUGUGGGUGCUGUCUUCCAUAGUGGUGCUGCCCGUGGUUGUCUUCUCAGAUGUCCCUUUAGGGAUGAGUACUUGCCACAUCCAGUGGCCAGAGCCUGCCUCGGUGUGGAGAGCUGGCUUCAUCGUCUACACUGCUACCCUGGGCUUCUUUGGACCACUGCUGGUGAUUUGUCUCUGCUAUCUCCUGAUUGUUGUGAAGGUUCGCUCCUCUGGCAGGCGGGUAAGGGCUCUGUCCUCCAAGCACAAGCUUUCAGAGCGCAGAGUGACCCGCAUGGUGGUGACUGUGGUGGCUGUCUUUGUCCUCUGCUGGCUUCCCUUCUACGUCCUCAACAUAAUCAAUGUUGUCUGCCCACUGCCAGAGGAGCCAUCCCUCUUUGGAGUCUACUUCCUUGUGGUGGUGCUGCCGUAUGCCAACAGCUGCGCUAAUCCCAUCAUCUAUGGCUUCCUCUCCUACCGCUUCAAGCAGGGCUUCCGCAGGGCCAUCUUCAGGCCGUCCCGCCGAGUCCAGAGCCAGGAGGUGCCAGCAUGCUCCCCAGAGAAGAUUGAUGACGAAAGGGAAGAGGGUGAGAUCAGCAAGAUCACCAGGAAUGGAAAUGACAGGCAGGAGCGCCCUCUAAGCAGUGGAAAAGGAAAAAGCAAUGAGCAAAAACCACUCCCUGAGGAGCCUGCAGGAUGCGAAAAGAGCAGCAAGUUGCAUGUCAGUUAUUUAUGAUGAAAGGAGUGGUGCAGGGGAAAGAGACAUCGGGACAUGGGAUUCCCUUCACCUUCUCUGCUUUCAAAAGCAAUGGGAGACGAUACAAGGAAAUAAUAAAGUCCAAGAGUAGGCUUAAAGAUUAAUAGGGCUCCAUGAUCUUGUGGAAGAAGCAAGGCAUUGUUCUUGGCUUUGGAAUGGACACCUGAGGUUUGUGUGGUACCAGUGUUACCAGAAAUUGGUAAAAAAUAAAACCUCCUUAACAUUAAUGUAGCGUUAAGAAGCAGGCAUUCUUUAUUUGGCUGGAUGCACGAGGGGAUAUCUCCUUAAAAUAUCAUGCAUGCUGAGUACCAAAGAAGCUCCCAUUUAUGUACUAUAUUUUACAUACAUGCUCAUUUAUUUUCCCAGUAUAAACAUACAUAUGAUCUUAAUUUCCCCAAAACCAUUAAUGUAUUUUCUGUCUCCUUUACACAUGUGUUCUUCUGUCCUGGGAGUCUCUUAGUAGUCCCUUGUGGUUGGUGACCCCAAAGUUAUACCUGACUGCCUGGUGAACUGGUAAAAGUUGGCACAACUGGGCUGGUUGCUUUCGAGUUCUUCCUACAGAAUAAACAUUGUGCAGUUCCAUAGGCCAGUGGCUUUUGAAGAAUAAGCAUUGUA